AUAAUAAGCAUUGCCCAGAUUCAAACUGGCAUAUCGAAAUGAGUUGAACUCUUCGCAUCCAACAUUCAUUUUGCAAAAUGAACGCGUUUUUUAUAUCCAGUGUUUUCUCUACUUUCCUUUUCUUCUUUUCAAGUUUUUCCUAUUCUGAGUUUACUUACCUCAAUUUCAUGGACAUUCCCGCUUAUGCUUUGGUGGGUUAUGUCGUGGAAGUGUUCAACACCAGUGACUCUUUCAGCUGCCAAGCAAAGUGUUUCGAUGUGAACUCUUUUGUGUCGGUAAAUUUCGGAAGACGAAGCGCGAAUGAUUCUCAGUUUACUUGUGAAGUUAACAACUCUACACAUUUGCUGCAGCCACUUGGCCUGAAACGAAGGCCAGGAUUCACUUACUUUGCUGUGGCGGAUCCCUGUUUCUCCAAUCCUUGUCUGAACGGAGGCACGUGUACCGCUGACCAGUUUAACUGGACGUAUCGCUGUAGCUGUGGAGUGUCUUUCUCGGCAGCACCAUAUUUGGAUGAUCACUGUGGCACAGAGUUGGGGUUCGUUCAGCACAGUGUGUUCAGAAACGUUUUCAACGCAGCUGCCAGCGUCAAAUAUGUAAUAAAGUUCAACGAGGCUAAUCGAUUGUGCCAAGUAUUUGGUGCACGCUUGGCCACCAUCGCACAAGUUGACAAGGCGUGGAAAGUCGGCUUAUUUGAGUGCAGUUAUGGUUGGGUAGCAGAAGGGUUCGCUGCUCUUCCAAUACGUCUUCCUCUCAGAGACUGCAAUACAUCAAGGGACCAACAUCGUGUUCACAGGGUUUAUUAUUCCACAACGACUAAGAAGCUCGAUGCUUACUGCUACAGAGAAACAGAUAACUGCAACGAGGAAGGCUGGUACCAAAACAAAUACAAGUGCUACCGGUUUUUCCUUGAUAGUCACGUGCGUUGGGAGGAAGCAUCACGUGCAUGUCACGUGCACGGUGGCGUCAUGGGUGUGUUCAACUCUAUUGACAAGCUGGAUUUUGUACGCUACCACGUGCCAACCCUGAACAACAGCACCUCUCGCAUAUUUGUGGGACUUCGAAAGACAGGUGGAGUGUGGACGUGGAGUUACAAUAAUCUCACCCCAGGAGCACAGCUAUGGGAAUCAGCCGCGCCAGCCUCGCAAGGACCUCUGGGAGCUGUUACCAUAGCAACCGGUAGACUCGUUGACGUACCUGACUCUGGAUAUCACAAGCUUCCCUUCGUCUGCGAGAAAAACCUACCUUAGUGUGUCGAGUGUUAUCAACGGACUACCUGUGGUAGAGCCUAGUGACUAGGAUGGAUUUUAGUUAUUAUUGCUGUCAAUCAUUUGUGUAAUUUUCUUUUAAAUAAUCCAUUGAUAUUGUGUAGACAUUAGAAUUUAAGAACAUCCUUAAGAACAUUUUCAGACUUUUUCAGAAAAAAGAGAGUGGGAAAAUUUCCAUCACCUGGUCGAAUUUCCAGUAGAUCAAUUAAAAUUCGUACGAUUACGUAUUCUAUUUUUGAGGUAACUGCUCGGGACAAGAGACAGCUAUCCCAAGAAACUCAUGUAAAUAUUUUUUUUUUAAUUCGAUAAGUUAUUUCGCACACUAUUAUAGGAGGGUAUAUCGGUGAAAGAAGUCUUGUUCAUGUAUUCAUGAUAGAAAAUCAAAUGUAUAUAUUUUGGACUCUUCUUCAAUUCAUUAAAAAAUUGUUCCUGGUUC